AUGGCCCUUGUGGAGCUGCUGCGCACCUGGGGCAUCAUUCCCCGCGCGGUGGUUGGGCAUUCGUCGGGUGAAGUUGCGGCGGCGUACUGUGCGGGUAGACUGGAUCGCGAAAGUGCAUGGCGUGUGGCUUACUUCCGCGGUGUUGUGGCCGAGAAGCUGGCUUUUGACUCGGCGAGGGAGUCAACGACGAUGAUGUCGGUGGGUCUAGGCAGGGAGUCUGUCCAGGAGUACCUGAAGGCCGAGCCAGCCGUGACGGUGGCAUGCGAGAAUAGUCCUGUUAACGUCACAUUGUCUGGCCCGACAGCGGCAAUUCUACGUUUAUCUGAGACGUUGGACGCCGAUCAAGUUUUUGCGCGGAAGCUGCCUGUGGCAAUCGGCUAUCAUUCCGAGGCGCUGCGUGAUGGCGCAGUGGAGUAUGAGGGUUUCCUGGCCGGGAUAUGCGCGCCAGUGCAGGAUGGUAAGGAACCAAAUAGGGUCGCCUUCUUCUCAUCCACCGAAGGCAGCUUCAUCACGCUGGAGAGUCUUGCAAGUCCAAGCUAUUGGGUGAAGAACCUGCUCUCGCCAGUUCUCUUCACCGAUGCCGUAACAUCGCUUGUCAGCGAGCGGAAGCAAGUCACCAGGUUUUUCGUCGAGAUCGGACCGCAAUCUGCUCUCCGGCGGCCUGUUAAAGACAUCCUCACACACCUAGGCGAANGUGAGGAUAAAUGGUCGUACGCCGCUGUACUCAAUCCCCGUCAACCCGACAUAUACUCCCUUCUCGAAACUGUCGGUGCCCUCUGGAGCAUCGGCCUCGCCAUCGACCUCAACAAGCCCAACCAAGCCACUCUCCAGCCCGCAACCCAGCCAAAGCUUAUCACCGACCUUCCCUCAUAUCCCUUUUCGCGUGCCAGGCAGUACUGGGACGAACCUCGCAUCAGCGCCCUCUACUCGCACCGGCCCUUCCGACGACACGCCCUCCUCGGCCUACGCGAAAACGACUUCAACUCGGCCCAACCAACCUGGCACCACAAAAUCCGCCUCGCCGAAGCCCCUUGGAUCCUCGACCAUGCGCUCGAAGGCUCGCCGCUCUACCCCGGCACUGGCAUGCUCGUCAUGGCCAUCGAAGCCGCGCGACAGCUGCUCCCGCCAGACACGGCCAUUAGCGGGUAUAAGCUCGAAAACGUGCGGUUUAUGCGCUCCAUCCCCGUCAACGAAAGCGAAAAGGGGACCGAGGCGAAGAUCUACCUCCAGCCACGCCGGCACACGGCCAAAGACGCAGCACAGCGCGUGUACGACUGGCGGGUGUUCACGCUCGGCGGCGACGAGUGGAUUGAGUGCGCGUUUGGCAGCAUCCGCGUCGAGCUUGAGAGCGAGGCCUCGCCCGAGACAGACGCACGCAAGGCCCGGUGGGCGAGCAGCGUGGGCAAGGAGCACGCAAGCGCGGCAGCACAAUGCACGUUGAAUGUACAGAGCGAGCAGCUGUACGAGAACCUUAGCAAGAAGUCGGGCUUCGACUACGGGCCGUACUUCCAGGGUCUGCGGGAUAUCCGCUACUCCCGCAAUGGGUGUGCGACGGGAACGCUUGCGCUACGGGACUACGCGAAGACGAUGCCGUACGCGAGCGAGGACGCUUGCGUUAUUCACCCCACGACGUUUGACUCGGUCUUCCAUGUGGGGUUUGUCUCGCUAAGCAUGGGUGGGUGGGAGCCAAUCCCCACGCUCAUGUUCAGCAACCUCCGCGAGCUGUGGGUUUCGCAUAAGCUGUUCACGCUGCCCGGCAACCCGCUGCUGCACGUCGCGACAAAGGAGAUAGCUCGAACAUUUAGGGAGUUUGAGUGGGAUGCGUCCACUCUGCUGGCCGAGACGGGGGAGCCUGUCAUCGUCGCCAGGGGCGAGCGUGGAACUGUCAUCGCUGGCGCCGGAAGCAGCGCGCGUAGUGACGACGACGGUGCCAGUCGCUUCUCCUAUGGCAUUGAUUUCCAGCCCGACCUCUCGCUGCUGGAUGCGCCCGAGACCGAAGCCCAUCUCAAGGCCCUCUACGCGUCUGACCCGCAAUUCUCGCCGGAUCCCAAGGACGCAGAGGCUGUCGACCGUGCCGACGCUAUUGCGCUGUAUUAUAUUGAGCAAGCCCUCGAUAACAUUGACAACGGCGAACCGCUGACUUUCGACAACCACUUGACCAAAUACGUGGAUUUCCUACGCAAGGUUCGCGCCAACAGGAACAAGUAUACCUUGGCGUCGCGAGGGUUAGCGCAUUUGGAUAUUGAGCAAGUUUUGCGUGAGGCGGACGGAGAACCAACGCAGAAGCUGGUGAAAAAAGCUGGUCAACAUCUGUAUGGUAUCUUAGCAGGGACGGACAAUGCCUUGCAGAUCAUCUUUGAAGGCAAUCUUGCCAAUGACUUCUACCACUGCGACUUCUACUCGCGUCAUUACCGCAAGGCCGGCGCCUAUAUGAGGAUGCUAGCACAUGCAAAUCCCCAACUGAGGAUCUGCGAAGUCGGUGCGGGAACUGGCAGUGCCACGAGCAAGGUGCUGCCGUUUUUGGUUGAUACGGAGGGUCUUGACGGUGAUCGGCUGGUCCGCUUCGGCGAGUACGCCUACACCGAUGUAUCUGUCGGUUUCUUCGAGAAAGCACGCGAGAAAUUCUCUUUUGCUGAGAAAUACAUGCGCUUCGCCAAACUCGACCUCGAGGUCUCACCCUCCCUUCAAGGCUUUGAACUCGGUAGCUACGAUGUGUUACUGGCCUGUAACGUGAUCCAUACCACAUCAAAUCUCAUACAGUGCCUCCGUGACCUCCACGCCCUGCUGCGUCCCGGUGGCAAGCUCAUCAUGAUGGAGACUACCGUCGACAAUAUCCGCGACGGCAUCAUCUUCGGCUUGCUGCCGGGGUGGUGGAUGCGCGAGGGCCAUUGGUGGGACGGUGAGCAGGUUGACGCUGUGCCCGGAGAGGACGAGGCACUGGGGCCUAUUCUCACUGAGGACGGAUGGGAUGCUGCGUUGAAGACGGCGGGUUUCUCUGGUGUGGAUAUGGUGUUUAGGGAUAACGAGUACAAACCUCGCCAUCGCGUCUCAACGCUCGUCACAACAAGGCCAGAGGAGGUUGAAGUUGAAGCUGCGCGCGAGCACUGGGUUAUCCUUGCGGAUUCUACACAGACUGUAAAUGCUGAUGCGCUGAAGGCGAAGCUCGCUGCCGUGCCAUGGAUCGACGAGACAGAUACAUACACUCUCGAUGGAGUCGUUACAGCUGAAUUGGAGCUGAGCAGAACGAACAUUAUCAGCCUGCUGGAGGUCGACACGUCNCUCUUCGGAACGAUCACAGGUCCGCAAUUUGAAGCUCUCAAAAAAAUCAGCUUGGAUGCUAAGAAGGUCAUCUGGCUCACGCGGGGCGGCAGCCCUGGCGCUGGCAAUCCUGCCGCCGAGAUGGCAGUCGGUUUUUCGAGAAGUAUCUGCUCUGAGCGGGGUGACCAGGCCUUCGUCACCCUGAGCUUGGAUACCGAUGACUUUAUUAAAGGAACGAGCCAUGUGCUACGUCUUCUUGAGCACUUCCACAAGACAGGAAGCAAGAGGGCAGAUGCGGAGUCCGAGUAUACAGUGCACAGCGGCCUCAUCCACAUCCCGCGCAUCGUCCCACAAAGGAGCGUCAAUCAGACCCUCGCCGCGCGCGCAAAGCUCCCUGACAAACUCAGCUUCACGCUGGGUCAGGCCACCCCUAAACCACGCAUAAACCUGACCAUCCAACAGCCCGGCCUCCUUGACACUCUCUACUACACCGAAACCCCAACUCGCAGUACCCAGCUGCAGCCCGGCGAAGUCGAGAUCGAAGUAGCAGCUGCCUCUCUGAAUUUCCGCGAUGUAAUGAUUGCUUUGGGCCAGGUACCCGGCGACGGACUCGGCCUUGAGGGCUCAGGCACUGUCACCCGCGUUGGACCAGGUUGUACAACCUUGCAGCCUGGUGACCGCGUCAUGUACUUCAUAUUCUCAACGGGUGGCUGCUGUGGAACCUACGUGCGCUGCGACGAGGCGUCGACACGUAAAAUCCCACGUGAGGACAUCUCCUUCUCAGACGCGGCUGCUAUUCCUGCAGUGUGGGCUACGGUUGUGUAUGCAUUUGAUUACGUGGGCCGGCUGCGGAAGGGCGAAAGCGUACUGAUCCACGCUGGUGCUGGUGCGGUAGGACAGGCAGCUAUUCAACUCGCGCAGCUACGCGGAGCAGAGAUCUUCGUCACAGUAGGAAGCAAGUGGAAGCGUGAACUAGUGAAAGAGCUUUACAGUCUCGCGGAAGACCACAUCUUCAAUAGCAGAGAUGCCAGUUUUGUCGACGACGUGUUCCACGCCACAGCCAACCGCGGCGUCGACGUUGUCCUCAACUCCCUUGGCGGCGAACUCCUUCAACACUCGUGGCGUUGCACCGCGCCCUUUGGCCGCUUCAUCGACAUCGGAAAAGCAGACAUCCUUGCCAAUAAUACACUUGAGAUGGGCCACUUCCUCCGCAACGUCACCUUCGCGGCCAUCGAUGUCGCGGGAAUGUACGCCGAGAACAAACCGCUCAUGCAACUCGUGCUCGACGACGUGUUCAGUCUAUUUGCAGCGAAUCCUGGGUUGCACAACCCCAAGCCGCUGCAUGCGUUCGCGCCGAGUAGGAUCGAGGAGGCAAUGCGCGCUUUGCAGGGUGGCAAGAUUGCUGGUAAGGCGGUUAUUGAUUUCCAGACACCGGGUGAUGUGGUGGAGUACCAGCCCGCGCGGAUGCCAACGUACGGGUUCGAGGCGCAAGCUACGUAUGUUAUCAGCGGUGGAUUGGGUGGCUUGGGGCGGGAGAUCAUGCGCUGGAUGGCCUCUCGCGGCGCACGGCAUUUCCUCGUCACCUCGUCGCGAGGUGUAGCUGGGCGCGCCGAUAUAAUCGCCUUCAUCGAAGAAAUGGAAGCCCAAGGCAUCGUGGUCCACGCGCCAGCGUCGGAUGUCUCCAACCGCACUGUCCUCGAGGCCACCCUGAAGGAGGCUAGCAAGAUAUUGCCACCGAUCAAAGGCUGCAUACAGGCAGCAAUGGUGCUGUCGGACAAUAUGCUCUCCAAUAUGACCGUCGAGCAAUUCUACCGCGCCCUAGCACCCAAGUACCAAGGCUCUUGGAAUCUCCACGAGCUCCUGCCGAAGGACAUGGACUUCAUGGUCUUCCUGUCUUCUAUGAGUGGCGUCAUCGGCAACCCUGCGCAAGCCAACUACGCAGCUGGCAACACUUUUGAGGACGCGCUUGCGCGGCACCGCGCUGCCAAUGGACUAAAGGGCGUCUCGUUCGAUCUCGGCUUGGUCUUGGAGGCCGGGUGGGCGAGCGACAACUUUGAAGACGUGACGAAGAGUUUGCGCGCUGGGCUGGGUGGAAUGACGCAGAAGCAGCUGAUGGCAAUUUUGGACGUCCUAUGCGAUCCAAGCUAUGACUGCACAGGUGGCGGAGCGCAAGUGCUGAAUAUUCAUGAUAAGCCUGUGAAGCUGUACAGAAUGUUCCAGGAUGGUGUAUUGCACUGGGCAGGCAAGCCAUUAUUCAAGAACAUUCUUCGUUUGGGUCAGGUAGAGCUGGUCAACGGCGCCGGAGGUGGGAGCGACGGUGAGGCAACGGCAGUCGACUACCUGGCGCUCAUCAGGGCGACGGCUGAUGCCGAAGAGGCUGGGCAGAUUGUCACAACAGCAUUGCUUGGGAAAUUGAGCAAGUCUUUGUCGGUACUGGCGGAGACUCUCGAUGUGGGCAAGCCGGCGUACGUGCUUGGUGUUGACUCGCUCAUCGCGGUCGAGCUACGAUACUGGUUCCUCAAGCAGUUUGGAGUCGAGGUCCCGGUGUUUGUGAUUUUGAAAAAGCAGCCGACUGUUGAGUUGUGCCAGCAUGUGGCAGAUCAGGUCAUGGCGGCCAAGUGA